GGUGUAUCUAGUGUGUGUUACAUAAGUUAGAAGUAAAAAAUAGAGAGUGGCCAAGUCCGCGUCUCGGACUGCAUAGUGUUUGUGAAGGCCUCGCGCGCUUAAACAAACGUGUGGAAUCUUGGCUCUAUUUGGUGAUAUUCCAUGACCACAGGUGGCUCCCGGAAGGUGAUACGCGCACUGAAAUCCCGGACUACUGUGAGAGAUGGCCAACAGUCCACCAGACCGGGAUUGACCCGUGGCCACCGAUCUUGAAGCAUUCGUACAGCAACCAUUAUGGAAGAGUCUCAGGUGAUGGAGAGCAGCAGUGGAUCACCAGCCAUCAGUGUGGUUGUCACAACAAUCCCCACCUCCACCUCCCAGACUGUUGAUCCCACCAACUCUGAGACAGCACGACACCGCCUCUCCAAGAUUAAGCUUGUUGGUGUUAGUGGACUGGAGAGACAAAACUACUGUUGUGGCCACUGGUUCCCUUCUUCCAAAAGCUACCACCAACACCUAGCAGAGAAAGCUGUCACAGAUGCCAGCCAUGAAGCAAAGCUGCUGGACCUGGGCAUGGUGCGCUGUGCUCAGUGCUCUGUGUGGGUUCACACUGAAAACAUCAUUGCCCAUCUUGCAAAGGGUCAUAGCAACAACAAAGAGCUCAAGACACCAAAAAUGGUGCCAAUGGGUGCCAUCACUGAAGUGCCAAGAGUCACUGGAGAUUCCAUGUUGAGUGGGACAAACAUUGUGAUCAAAGUGACAGGACAAAGCACCCCGAAGUCAUUCACUAGCAACAUCUCCAAGAACAGUGGUAAUUCACUUUCCAAGUCUGGGACUGUCAAGCUUGUCACCACCUCCAACAGUACACUGUAUCAGAAGGUGCAGAACAUAAAUCACUCAGACAGCAAUGGAACCGACAAAGUCAUUGUCCGGAAGUCGGUCACCAAUGCACUGCCGAUGGUUAACGUUGGCCCGCGGUUGGUGAUGAAGUCACUCGGGCAAGCAGGAGUUGGGCACUUGAGCAGAGGUCACAAGGUGGUCCAACAAGUUGCCCAGCCUGGCCUGAACUCAGUCACAGGGGUAAAUGGUGUUACCUUAGCCACAACUUUUAAGACACCCAAACAGAGUCAGUCUGGUGCACAAGGAGUGACUAGUAAGACUCCUCUCAAGACAAUGGUUCCUCAAACUAACUUCCAAAACAUUGCUGGAAGAAGCUUGAAAUUAGUGAAAAGAAUAAACAAUGAAACUUCUAAAAAUAAAUCCGUGAAGUAUAUAACUUCUGAUUCUCAAAACAGCCUUGGCACACCACAAAGUACAAAAACCAAAGAAAAGAAAGUAUUGAAAAUAUUAUCUAGUGGAGAUACACCAUCUACUAAAAAUCAAGGCAAGAAACGUCGCAAGCAAAUUUUAAAACCCAGCGCAGGUGAUGUUUCCUACACAGACGCUAACACCACUCCUCCACCUCCACCACCACCACCACCACCUCCACCUCCACCUCCACCACCUCCAGCACCACCACACUCAGAAGGAAAAGCAAAAAAGAGAGGGAGAAAAUCAAAGUUGUCAGUUGCAGAUGAGGGUGGAAGUUGUAAUCCACCUCCUAAUCAUAAAGGACAUCGGAAGAAAUUCAAAGAAACGUUUGGCUUUGAUUCUUCUACCCCAAAGGUGGCAAAGAGGCCAACGAAGGGGAUUCGUGGAGGGUGGAAGAAGAAGAAGCGUGGACCAGGGAGGCCAAGGAAGAGUCAGUUAAGUGACACACCGGACACCUCAGAAGUGGACUCGCUCUUUGAUGAAGUGGACCUAGAAGAUCUAGAGAAUGAGCCAGUGGUGGUGGCAAAGAAAGAGGAAGAAAAUAUUCCAACGGUUGAACUUGACCUCUUCACUCUUCCCUCCACCAAUGAGCAGGUGUCUGUCCUCCUCACCGAGCCAAAAAACCCAAACUUCAAGGUGUACGCCAGCAUGGAUGCCAUCUUUGUGGGAGACUCGGCUCUGGGGGACGUGACGAACCAGAUCGGCUACGUGACAGAUGCCAAUAAUGUGGUGUACGUGAAUCCCAGCCACUUCCUCUUCCCUAAUGUGGAGGACCUGGAGAACUUUGUGCCAAGUCCCAUCCUGACCAUGAAGGGGAACAAGGUUGGUCUCACGCCGGUCCGCAAGCCAUGGAACCUCACCACCAACAAGGCCUACACUCCCAUUGUCCUCAAGCAGGUUGGUGUCAAUGCCUCCAAAGAUACUAAUGGCACUGAUGCCAAUUUGGAGAAAGAUCUUGAAGGUAAAGAGACUCCAGUUGCUCAUGUUGCCGGCAAGUCCAGAGUGGAGGAGCAUAGGCUGAAAGUAAAGCCUACUCAGUCAGCCAGUAAGGUGUUAGUGAAACAGCAGAAGAAGAUUUCCAAGAAAGUGCAAAAGCUGGCAGAAACAAGCAGCCAACAAAUUGAAGUCCCAGAGGUGAAGGAGCCUCAGAUCCCCACCACAGAAGUGACUUCUCAUACCAAAGCAAGUAAAAAGGCGAGUCACAAGAAGAAAAAGAAGAGGCGUAAGAGUGGCACUAAAGGUGACACUGAAGAGGAAACUGAAAAUAAAUCUGAUUUGGCUGGAGGCAGUUUGCUGAGUGAGCAACAGCCUAAGGUCAAGGUGGUGCAACCUAAAGGGGACACUGGAGCCACUAUUCAGGAAAUUUUGGACUCCAAGAAUAAAGAACGGCAGGCGGCAAAGAAGUCCUUGAUCCAAAAAUGUGUGGUGAAGUUAGAAGAGUUGAAAUAUCCCUUGAAGUUAGAGAAGCCAACCACUGUGUCAUCUACGGAACUUCCAAGUAAUGGUGAAACUGUGAAAGCCUCAGAAGACACCACUGCAGAAUUCAUUGACACUUUGUUAACCAACUCCACUGUUGAAGAGAGUUUGUUAACUAGUGCAACUGCUGAAGACAGUGUGUUCACUGAUGCAACUGGUGGUGAGAGUCUGUUGACUAACAUGACUGGGGAUGAUAGUGUAUUUGCCAAUACUACUGCUGAAGAGAGUCUGUUAACAAGUACCAACACUGGGGAACAGAAUGUGACUACUGAGGACAGUGUGCUAAAUAGUACCACUGCAGACAAUAGUGUAUUUAGUAAUGUCACUACUGAGGGGAGUCAUUUACAAGAAGAGAUGGCAAUUAAUUCCCCAGUGUAUAUGCCAAGUGAUGCAGAGGCUGUCAAUGUGAGUAUACCUGAGGAAAGAUCAUUGCCAAAUGGUGAACAACAAAAUACUGAGGAACAAAAUGUAUUAGCUGAAGAGAGCUUGAGUGGUGUUGUAGAAAGUUCAUUACCAGAACCUUUGGCUGGUGUAGUAGAAAGUUCAUUACCAGAACCUUUGGCUGGUGUAGUAGAAAGUUCAUUACCAGAACCUUUGGCUGGUGUAGUAGAAAGUGCAUUACCAGAACCUUUGGCUGGUGUAGUAGAAAGUGCAUUACCAGAACCUUUGGCUGAUGUAGUAGAAAAUGUACUACCGGGACCUGUGGCUGAUGUAAUAAAAAGUGUAUUAGCAGAACCUUCGGCUGGUGUAGUGGAAAAGGAACCUUUGGCUGGUAUUGUAGAAAGUGUAUUACCAGAACCUUUGACUGAUGUAGUAGAAAGUGCAUUACCAGAACCAGUGAUUCCAGCCACCUCAGAUAUUAGUGGUCCUGUAAAUGAAGUUAGUAAAGCAGUAAGUAGAACAAUAGGGGGAGGUCUUCCAAGGCGAAUGAGGAGGAGGAGGCUGAGGACUAAGUCUGCAAACAUAGUGAGUUCAAAAACAGAGACCAUACUUGAAUUAGGAAGUGGUGGUGGUGGUGGUGAGGUUAGAGGUCCUGUGUGUAGUAGAAGAAGAGUUAGGCAUGCAAGUGAGAACUCAGUUUUGCCCAAUAAGGCUGAAGUAAGUGAACAGAGAAGAGUGUCAGUUAAUAACCAAAGUGACAAGAGUGAAAGUGGACACUCACCAAAAAGAAAACUUGAGAAAGUGAGAAUUAAAGUGGAUACAGAAAAUCCUGGAGAUGAAAUAGUGUCAGAACAGUUAACAAGUCCACAGACAGCUCAAAGUGGUGCAGAGGUUUCAUUGAACUUAAGCCAGGACAAGAUACUGAGUGAUAGCAAUGAAAGCAGACUGAGCUUAUCACCUCUUGCUGGAGGAAGGAAGCGAGUCAAAAAACACAAGACCAAACAUGAAGAUAAAAAGACUGUAAAAAUAGAACCAGCAAGUGAAGUGUGGAAACCCCUUGACCAAAGUGGUAGUGUGUGUAGUGAGCAAUCCUCCACAGAAUCAGACCGUGAAGAAAAACCCGCCAGAUCAGUUAGGGAGAGGAGGCCAAGUUUCAAGCUCCUGGAGAGUCUAUCUGUUGCUAGUCAGAGCCCCAAAAGAUCACCACAGAUUAAAGUGGAAGAGCAACUCCACAGUCCAACUGAACCUAUUCCUGACAACCUUGGAAGCCGGCAACCUGUUGAGAACGCCGCUCUCUCUCCUUCGCAUGUCCCUGACUCAUCUCCAUCACGCGAAUGGCUGGGACGAGGUGCCAAGCUGAAGGCGCAAGUUCUCAUACAGGAUCAGCAAGCUGGUGUGAUGGAUUCUCAUAUAUUCCCACCUAAUGACAGCCCUCAGCAAACAUCAAGUAAAAACAACAGCAAAGAGUGUACAAGCCCUAGGCUGGAGGUGCUGUCACCCUCAAGAAUAUCAUCUUUCAUGUCACCAUCAAAGACUCCUUCACCCACCAGCAGCUCCAAGACCCCGAAGCCACUCAUUGCUGUGCAGAACAGGGAGUGGCAGGCCCGAGGGGCAAAGCUCAAGGCCCAGGUGAUGAUUAGUGAUCCAGAGAGCAGCUUAGUUCCUUACACCAGUGCUGAAGACCUCCCUAAAUCUAUAACUUCACCUCCCAGCAAAAAGAUGAAACUGGACCUCUCACCAGCGAAUACAAAGGAUAUUCGCUCCUUCUUUAAGUCUGGGAAGUCUGCGGUGUCUCAGGAGAACACAUCAGUAUUGUCCAGUAGUCCUGUGUCUCCUCUCUCACCCAACUCUGCCAGGACACCCAAGAGGCAUGCCAAGAAUGCAAGUGACAUUAGGAAGUACUUCAGUGUCACUUCCCCCAUAUCUCCAGCUAAGAAGAUAAAGGAAGAGAAUGUAAGAUCACCAAAGAAGUUAGCAUCCCCUAUAAGUGUACCUUCAGAAAGCACACUUCUAUGUUCCAAUUAUGAAGACGUGAAGCCGUGUAUUGAGGCGCUCCCUAUUUCUGAAUAUACCUUUGAGGGCUUCAAGAGAUUAACCAGACAAUCAGGGUUGCGUUCGAAAGCAAUCCUGAGACUGGUUUCCUUGUUCAAUUCAAGGCGAUGGCCCCGCCUGGACAAGUUCGCAUUCCCUGUGGAUCAGCUCUGUGAUUGGAAUGAUGAACUUCUUAGUAAUUAUGACUUUGACUAAUGGAAACAGGGACUGACAGUGUAUGCUCAGAGGUUCUUUUGUACUUUAUGUAUGAGAAAUUUGGCAUUGGUUUGUACUGAAAUGCCUUGGGGCCAUGGCCAAAGUAGAUGUUCUUUUUUUUCUUUAGUUAUUGGGGCAGGGUUUAGGUGGCCUUUACAUUAUAUAAGUUAUUCCUGAACAUUUCAUGUCUGUUUGCACAUGUAUACUACACAUAUGUACUGUACACCCUUGCCAAGAGUGAACUGUCCUCACACGAAAUCCGUGAUAGUAUGAAUGGGGAAACUAUCCAGAAACUUGCUCAAUGUGGCAUGGAUUUGUGCUAGUAGGUAACACACACACACACACACACACACACACACACACACACACACACACACACACACACACACACACACACACACACACACACACACACACACACACACACACACACACACACACACACACACACACACAUCUAGGUAAAUACACUCAUUUUUUAUCUCUUAGGUUCUCAUCUCUUAUAGAACACAGACAGAUGGCCACACGCGUGCACACACACACACACACACACACACACACACACACACACACACACACACACACACACACACACACACACACACACACACACACACACACUAAGCCAAGAUUUGUGCACUAAGUCUUCAAAGUAAAGGAAGACAUGCCAAAAUUGUCUUAGAGAAUAGAAUUUUGUAUCUUGUGUGUUGCAGUGAGGUGAUGUUCUACCACUACACUGUCCCACUCCAUCAAGCUGACAGUGUGUAUGUGCAUCACCUAACCUCAGUGGGAUGGAAAUUGUGCAGUGGGAAUCUAACUGUGGUGUUUGGUAAGGGUUAACAGUACAUAUUUCUCUCUCUCUCUCUCUCUCUCUCUCUCUCUCUCUCUCUCUCUCUCUCUCUCUCUCUCUCUCUCUCUCUCUCUCUCUCUCUCUCUCUCUCGUCAUAAAUCAUCUCUGUUACAUGCUGUACUUAUGUUCCUCCUCCUCGUCAACAUCGUCAUCAUCAGUUAUUUAUGCAGUUUUUCAUGCUGCCUGCUGUAAGAUAGGUUCCUCUCCCUCAGCCACACACUGGGCUGCAGGGACUAAUUUCUGAUAUUGUCAGAUGGUUUGUAUACAUGAAAGAUUAUUUAUGUUAAUCAUUUAUAAGCAACGAUGUCUCUUGAACUGUAUUGGUGAGUCCGUGAUACAAUUUGCUGUUUCUUUAUUUUUUUAUCUUUUUAAUUUAUUAUUUUUUAAAUAAAUUGUGCACAAAUUUGAAUUCGGUCAGAAUAUGUUUUAUUAUGUUACGUAUUUAUGCCUAUGUAAUUAUUUAAGCAAUCCCAGUAUGUACCAGUAUGGAGGAUCUUGUGUAUUAAGCUGGCUCAGUCACAUUCAUCAAAAUUAGAAUAUAGACUACAUAGCAUUAAAGAAAAGGAAAAAAAAAAAAAAAUUCAAAAUACAUCCUUUCAUGUAUUUUGCAGUACAGUACAAUACUUAAAUUGGUUAAGUCCUAAGACGAGUAAUAGUUAGCCUUCCUGUCAUGGAGACUGGUCCUAACAGUAGCUACAUGAAUGCAUUCUGAAGGUUAGCUACAAAGCAGAGUCUGCUUGAGUGGUGUUCCAUGAUUACUAUCAUACCCUUAUCAGAGGAAUCAUAGUAUUCACUGUUUUGAAGAUCUGAUGGUGUAUUCUUGCUCAUAGCUCUAUUUAUUAUAUCAAUCAGACUUACUAGAAUGCAUAUACAUUUCUAUACACGUCAUAUAUACACUGGAAUGCUUCAAUCCAGAAAGGAAGGAUAGAUGCAGCUUAUAUUUUUGUGUAGCUUUUACGUCUCAUUUUAGGUCAGGAUGGGAUGUGGUGGUGUUUAGGUAAAUGCUAGUUCUUAUCUGUCACAGAUUCCAAAUAUUUUUGUACAGUGCCCCCACUCUCAAUAUAUGUACAGGCCAUUACUCUAUUGUUGUCAUGAGCUUCCAAUAAACAUGAAACAAAUUUGUCCCUUGUACCAA